AGGUCGCGACUGGUUGCGCGUCACUGUCGGAAUUCGAGUCGCGAUCGGAGAGUCGUCGAGGGCGGAGCGCGCGUCCACGUGUCUGGCCCUGUCACGCGGUCGCGAGUGACCGGGAGGCAUCAAAAAGCUGAUCCUACGUACAUUGCGUCAAUAAGAAGUGCCUAUAUCGAGUACCUUGAAUACUUCGAGUGGACAUCUAGACGCGACUUCAUCCAGGCCAAGAAAGCACCGGCAAAUUCCUGGGAAUUCUGACAAACUCGAGAGGUGCGCGCUGUCCGGCGGUACCUGCGAGUACCUGCGCUCGUCCGACCGGCGCGAAGGCGUAGCCUUGACGGGCGCCAGUCAGUCCGCCGCGCGCAUACCGGUGCGGAGGUGCGCGCGCAAGCUUUCCGCUAGAUCGAAUUCUCCGCCGAUCCGCGCCCGGAUCCUCGAAGAGUCCGCGCGCCCACGCGCUCAGCGUCAUUCGGCUGCUCACCUGCUCCCGUGAGUCCCUUCACCCUGUGCCGGUGGGCCGAUCAGACCCGAUCAGGCCCGACCGAACCCGAUCGGCCCGGUCGAAUUCUCCCGACCGGAAUCGCCCAAGCGCCGGAGGACCGGCCUCGCCUCGCCUCCCAUUGGCCAAUCCAGCGGCCGGCGACGCAUGCGCACCCCGGCACCCUCGCCGCUGUCGCACGAGACUUCGGAUCGCGAGGAUCGAGGGAACCGUGCUCCUGCCAGGACUACUCUGGCAUUCCGCUGCGCGAAACCGUAAACACCCGUCGCGUCGUUCGUUCCGCCAAGGAAGACGGUGAGAGUGCAAAGGAUCGCCGCAGACGCAGGUGGUUUUUCGUCGAGGUGCAUGCCGCGGCGGAACAGACGUCGCGGUUGAACGCCCGAUGGGGCACUCCGCUAAGCAUCGCGCGGUACCAUGUCUACGACGGACGUGGCUCGCAUCGCGACGCCUCAGCUCACCGCCACCGAUCUGGAACCGGGGAGGCUGAAGUCGGAUCCCACGUGGUCGCGGCGCCGAGGCACGGCGAAGCCGGAGGACCCGAGCCUGGCCAGGACGGGCAGGUGCUCGAGAUGCGGCCAGACGACGGCCUACCUGGCCGGUAGGCAGAGGACGUCCUGUCCCAGGUGCCGGUCCAAGGUGUGCAGACAGUGCCAGAGCUGCAGGCCGCCCGAUGAGGGCGAGGGCGUCGGGCCCGAGGGGCUGUGCACCGUGUGUCGGAAACUCGCGGAACUGCGCGCCGUGACCGGCGACGAGUGGACCUUCGAGGGCUCGAACCUCGGGAGAGCAUCCGGGCGGAGGAGCUCGCCGUUGGACGUCUUCCGACGCAGCAUCCGGCGAUCCUGGACCAUUAACGGUACCCGCCCACCUACGCGCUGGUCGUCCAAGAGGAGAUCGCCAGAGCUCAGGGCGUACCGAAGCUUGCCGACUCGACAUCGAGAUUACCGGCGACUCUUCGACGUGUUGUCCUUCCCUAGGAUCUCGAGCACCCUCUCCGACGAGGAGAAGGACGAGACAGCCGUUGACAGCCUCAACGUCGACGCGGGCGUCCCACUAGUCGCCGAGAAGACGAAGUCGCGAAAAGAGAACGGCAAGCCCUCGGUCCCGAAGAAGAACGAGAAGAUCGUCGUCAAGGAGCAGAAGGAGCCACUCGAGACGGGGAAAAUUAAGAGGAGCGACGCCGCAUCCACGAGCACCGGGAAAAAGGAGAAGGAGAGCCCGGAGAACCAGACGGAGGCGACCCCUCCCAGGGUCUCGCUGAUCAAGCCACCGAGGGUCCUUCCGAAAUUCACGUCCCCGGAACCGAAGCCCACCCUCAAGCAUGGCGAGAGAAAGUCCAGCAUCCCGAUUUUCCGACGUAGUUCCAGGGAGUUCGAGGAUAUCAGGAGUCCCCAGGAGUCGCCUAAGCGCUCGCUCAUCCCUCAAAGGUACAGAGGAAGUACCGACGAUCUGAGGCGAAGUCGCGAGGACAUCAGCGUGCCGAGUCUGAUACCGAAGCUGUUCUCCCCGAGGAGCAAGGAGGACCGACUCAAGCGGCAGGACAGCAAGGACGAGAUCCCGAGGGGUAAGGACGAGAGACUGAAGCGGCAGGACAGCAAGGACGACAUUCGUUACCCGAGGUCGGGUCGGGCGGCGGCGAAGGAUUCGAAGGAGUCGAAGGAGUCGAAGGAGUCGAAGGAUACCAGGGACGAGGCGAAAAUUGCGACGGGUCCGCCUGGCCGGGACGAUGGCAAGUCCGGGAUAAGGAUCUCGCGGCGGGACAGCAGGGAGGACGUGGGUAGAGAAAGUACGAACGCGAGUGUAAGCGCGUGUUGUACCGGCAGAGCGAAACAUCCCGCUAGAGAGGAGAGACAAGAAUGGACGGACGGAUGCGUGGGAGAGGGCUCGAGAUCGAGGCCCGGAACGGCCGAGCAAGGUAAGACCGGCUCGAAGGCGUCGAGAAGAGAGAGCAGGGAGGACGUAGAGGCGAGACCGGCCGAGGGCAAGUCGGCAAAGAACGAGGAGCGCGCCUCUCGGGAGGAAGCUGCCGGCAGAACGGAGGAAAGAAAGCCCACACAGCCGCUCGCGAUGGUGAACGAUCACGCGAAGGUUAGAGGAGAGGUCCCUGGAAAUGAAGGUACCCAGCGAGUCCUGACCGAGGUGGACCGAGAGGACGACGUCCGCCCCAUCGGUGCCCAUACCGGGAACAAGAUCAGACACAAGGACGAGGAGGAACGGGACCAGAAAUCCAAGGAAAACGUCCAGGACGUUCUGGCCGAUUACCAGUACGAGGUGGACAACACGUAUUCCAGCGUCAAGGAGAGGAGAGCGACUUUGGACGCAAACCACAGAAGGGCGGAGGACUUGCAAGUGGUGCGGAGGAAGUUCUCCAAGGAGGAGCUGUCGAACCCUGACGACACCGACGACACGCCCAACCGGCGAUGUUCCAGCCAUCUGUCGCCGGAAGCGAGCCCGCUGAGCACCAGGUCUUCGAGGUACAGUCCCCGGGAGAGCGAGAGCGAACCCACCCCUGCACUCCCACGGAAGACUGGAGGCGGGGAGUCGUGCGGAGCCUCUCAGCGGAUACGAGACGCUAUCACGAGAACCCGAAGAGAGUCCAACAGCAGCGCGAGAUACGAGAGCAGCGGCAGCGAGAGUGUCAGGUUGAGCGAGCCUGGGUUGCAUGGAUACGCGGCGGACCUGACGAGGAGGGUGAAGUUCCUCGGCGGUGGCGGAAGCGGAAGUCCCGGCGGAUGUGGAAUAGGCCCCUCGAUGGGAUGCGACGAGGUCGUGCAACGAGACAGCGCAACCAGCGCCGGCGAGGACGACCACCACGAAGACGGCCAUGGUCGAGAUCCCGGCAGAGGAGGGCCAGGGUCGUCCCAGAGUAGAACUAUGCUGCGACGUCGACGGCAGUUCGAUGCGCAAGGUUCCCGCAGGAGAGGCAGGUCGCACGCCAGGACCUGCUGCGGGGAUGAUCUGCAGAGUCUGCAAGCCCUGCACGUCCUUGGCCGAGGAGGGGGGCGACAGGAAAGUCCUCCGGGAGUUCAGAUUCAGGGUCAGGAGCGAUCGAUCGUCGACUACAGGAGGCUCGUCUUCAUCAGCUCGGACUCCUCCUCGGGGCGCGAGGAGGACGACGCCGACAGCAGCUGCUCGGGGUCCUCGUAUCUGAACGGCAUCCCCCGGGGUGGACACGCCCAAGGCCUCGAGGACUGCGACUGGGACUACUUCGAGAGCGGGACUACCAGCUCCGUUCCUCUGCCGAGUCUUCCGGUCUCCGUCAAUACCAGCAACGUGGGGACCGACACCGACGUCGGCCAGGACUGGAGUUGUUGUCCAGGCAGAGGAGCCUCCAGUUGCCAGGCUUGCGGAGGUUCCCGGGGGGCGAACGUGCUCCCGGUUCCGGUACCGAUCCCGGUGCCCGUGCCGUAUCCGGUUCCGGUCCCGGCAGCCCUCUGGACCGGCGACCUCGCGGCCGCGGCGGCAGCCGCGACGAACUCCUCGUCCUCGUCGAUGAUCAGCUGUAGCGCCGCCCCGGACGGGACCCUGAGGCUGAGGGGCGACCCCGCGACGUCCUGGUUCGCCUGGCAUCCGCGAUUCCAUCAGAGCCUGCACGGAAGCAGAAUCGAUCCCCGGCUGACGACUGCGGGCUUCGACCCGACCGCCUUCACCUUCCGGCCCGAAACCACGCCGCGGCUCUACGGCGCGGUGGGGAUUCCGCAGGAAGCGCCGACCUCGACGGAGUCGACGCGGACGAGCGCGUCGAUCCUGCACUUCGAGAAUGCCCCGAAGCUGGACCAGACCUCGACAGAGGGGGACCCCUCGACGGUGAGCGGCGACCAGAGGUCGUCCCUGACCUCGAAAGAAGCAGAGGAGCCAGGCGAGGACGAGGCCGAGGGGGGUGCGAGGACGUCGGUGGACCAGGAGGCGGAAACGGCAGAGGAGGACCUGGGAAGGGAGCCCUUGUCGUCCUUCCGUCGAGAGGUCAGGGGCUCGAAGAUGUAUAGGCCCUCCAGAGGGGAUUCAGGGAGUUCCUCGGGGAGGUCUUCGGCGGACAGCAGCGACCUCGAGGACUCGGCCUCCCACAGAUUCUCCAGGGUUUUUGUGGUGAACGACGACUCUCUUACCAGCGACAACGACGUGGAGGACAACGAGGACUCCGACUCCGCCCGGGAGGGCGGCAUCACCCUGAAGAGGGUCAGCGCCUUGCCCGAGGACGAGCCCGUGAUCCUCAGGCACGUGCGACUGCUCGACGAGGACGACAACGUGGAGAAGCCGGAGGUCCCCAGCGACUCGGGGGAGUCGGAACCCGAGGAGCCGAAGAAGCGAGCCAGGACGUCAUCCGGAGACUCCGCUGCUGCCAUCGACAGAGGCGAUCCCUUCGAGGUCGCCCAGGGCGGCAGAUGCCGCGGUAGGGCCGAAGACUCGGAACGGUCGAGGAAGAUCCUGGCCAAGAUGGAGAAAAGCGAGAUCUACCUCGCCGACUCCAAGGACUGCUCCGACAGCCACAUUGAGCUGAUGUCCGUCAAGAGCCUGGACCCCGACGACCUCGAGUCGUCCAGCGUCUCUGCCGGCAGUCCAGUCGCGGCGAAACUUCCGUCCUUGAGGAACGAGGGCGAAACGGACUCGAGGAGGUACCCGAAGAGCGACUUGUCGGAGUCGAGCGCCGACUCGGUGUUCUCGGAACACGAGACCAAGGACUCCGGGGUACCUCUGUCGUCCUCCAGCGACCUGGACACCACCGUAACCCCCGAUUCCCUGGAAGCCGCCUCGAUGCGGUCGAUCCUGCCGAUUCCUUGCGACCCCGACGAAGACGGAACGUCUCUCGAUCCUCGAUUUCGCCGUCAAGAGAUCGAAUUCGAUCUGCCACCGGUCUCUGAUAAGACGGUAACUCGAGAAGACAAUGCCGGCACGAUAUCGACGCCGGUGCCCGGUGAACUCCCCGACGCCGACGUCACGGGUUGCAACGAUCGCCAGCACAAGUUGACCGAAUACAGUUCGCACGUUAAUCCUGGAGAGGUUUCCAACGCGAGCCUCACCACCGACAGCACCACCAGCGAGACCAACACCGGAAGCGAGGUGAGCAGCGACGAGCUGCACGAGUACGAGGUCGUCACUCCCGUGGGAAGGUUCCACCAGGGCGCGGAGGAAGAGCCCCUGUGCGAGGUCGACAAAGACCACCUCCACCCUUCCCCGGAAAAUACCAAAACUGUCGAGUACGACCUGGAGACGAUCUCUAAACCUCUUUCAACCCACCUCCUGAAACCGGAAGAUCCGGACCAGAUCCUCCCCCUCACCGAUAUAAACCCCAGUACCCUGAAGACGAGUACCCCGGUAAAGAACUCGACCCUCGCCCUCGACACCUCUCUCCAAGAUCCCCAAGAGUCCAAAAGUCCAUCCUCUAUCUCUGGAUCGGAUGACGAUCACUCCGAAGAGGGCAACGAUUCCCCUGGCGAGGUUGCUUCUACCCCAGGGAGCGCCUCGAUUAAUACCCAGAGUAUCAGGGAGUCCUCGCAAUCGGAGGCUCUGGAGAAGGCGAACCACCUGGAGGCCCGUCAGCUGUCCGAUCCCGAAGAGGAGGAAACGCCGCCGGAGACGGCGCACAGCGUGGGGGAGAUAAUUUCGGGCAAGAUCCAGGAGAUGUUCAAGAGGAGGGAGGAGAAGGAGGGGGAGUCGGUGAGAGGUGAGAGGCCGCCGAGUCGGCAGGUGGGUGGCGGCCGGGUGGAGGGGGGGUCGGCGACGCGGCUUCGCUCAGUCGAGCGCCGCCCGCCCGCGCGCAAGGAGAAUGGCGUCGUCCCGGGACGCGGAGCGCCGCCCAGGGACUCGAGCCGCGAGCCUGGCUUUCCCUCGAACAAGUACCGCAGCCUCGUGAUGAUCACCGAGGGCGCCUACCAGCCGGUCAGCGUGGUCACCUCGGACACGACGACGUUGCUGCAGCCGGACGAGGCGCAGCCGCCCCAGGGCCUGGCUGGAUACUUCCAGCUGGCGCUCGAGGCGGCCUCCAACUCGCCGAGGAAUGGCCAGGGCCCGAGGCGGCCGCUGAUGGUGAAGCGCCUCCUCGCGGCAGGACAGGCGCAGGCGCAGGCGCAUGCGCUCGCCGAACUGGAGCCGGACAGUGGACUCAGCGUCGGCAGCGCCAGCGAGAGCGACGACGUCCAGUCCGUCAAGGGCGCCGCGGUAGGUACCCAGGUUGGAGCCAGUAACGGAGCUAAUAAUGCCGUCAUCAAGGAGCAGCAAGGACCUGAAGCGAGGAACGAGGCCCAGGCGAUCCGGGACGAGCGCCGCGAAGAUGCCCCCCCGGCCGUGGUCAUCCUCGAGGAGGGCCUGGCCGACGACGACUCCUGGGUCGAGGAAGUGUCCCACGAUGAGGACGAGCAGGCCGGCACUACUGCCACGGAGGAGAGUUCAGAAGAUGAGUCCAACCACCCUGGAGACCGGGAGGAGGAACUCAGGGGGUAUCAUCGGCAGGCCAUCGAUUUCACCCUGCACACCAUCGUCGAGGAGUCGUGCGAGGAGAGCGAGGCCGAGCCUAGUCUCGCUGCUGGGGGCGUCAGGAAACAGCAGAGGCCUCCUUCGGCUUCCGAACUGGAGAAGUACUUCUUCUUUGGGCUCGGCGGCGAGAACAAUGCCGGGAUCGGCGCCAGGGAGGUGGACAGCCUCUCGGAGACAUCGUCGAUAUAUUCCGAGGGCCUGGAGAGCCUGGGACAGGAGGAGAGCCCUUCCACUGGGGAGAAGACGCAAGGGGAGUUUGCGAAUUCCUCGAGGCUGGAGAAGUACUUUCUCUCCGAGUUCCUGGGAUUCGAUCAGGACAGGAGGGACUCGGAUGGAUCCGUUGGCAGCGACUCCGAGGGUAGACCCAGUCCCGAGGCGCAGCGCAGGAAGAGGCUCGUCCGCGCCAGGGGGACGGGUCGGUCUCAUAGUUCCUCGCUGGAUAACUUGCUGGCCCUUACGCAAAGCUCGCAGAACCUGAGCUCUCAGAAUUCCCUGCAGGAUUUGAGCCUCAACCAGGACUCGCAGGAGACCCAGUCGGAGGGGUCCUCCACGGAGACCGACGGCGCCGAGGAGCAGACCCCGGCCUUCGGGACGGACGGUCAGUUCGACACGGUCAAGAGGAAGAAGAAGAAGCCCAGGAAUCUGGGAACUCAGAGUCCCAGGGUGCCCGAGGACAGGAACAAGACCCCGGAGCCGAGGGAGAUCGUUGACGCGACCGAGAUGGAGGGCGAACCGGGGAACUCCGAUGACGAGAGGGCGGAGACUCCUCAGCCCGAGGGGGUCCUCUUCUCCCCUGCUGGGAGCUCUUCUCAGGUGGAUCCUAACAGGAGCACGCAAGGUAACGGUACGGAGAACGGCUCCUCCAGGGGCAAGCAGCAGUCCAGAGACUCCGGCUUCGUGGGCAGCUGCGACGACCUUCUUCUUCAACAUCAGAAGGCACCUGGCGAGGCGCAGGCUUCCGAGGCUAGUCAGAACCCUCCCAAGGAGACCGGGAACAGGAAGGAGAAGGCCACGGGUCUGGAGAGCCAUAGGAAUAAUCCCAGGGUCGAUCUGCUUCAGACCCCGGCUCCGCCACCCAAUACCUCCCUCUCCAGGAAGGAUAGUUUCAACAACUGGUCCAGCGACGAGGAGACCAACCUCAUGAUGACGAAGAUGCGCCAGUUCUUCAAGACCAUGGUGGCGAAUUCGAAUGGCCAAGGCCAGAGUCCAGCCGCUAACUCCACGGGGCCCUCUCCGGCGCCGAGUCCGCGACUCUCUUCGGGGUCCAAAGCCGGGAGACUGUGCUCGCAGAACCGCACCAAGCCGCCCCAGCUGGUCUACUUCGAGAACGAGCUGACCAGGCUGAUGAAGACCGUGCCCGGGAUUCGAGACGACCAGGUCAGGGAGAUCGUCGAGUACCUGAGCUCGGAGGACACCUGGUCCGACUCCUACGACAGCUCGGACUACACGAGCUCCGACCUGGAGGGCGCCGGAGGGAGGCGUUCGGCUCUUCAGGAACAGAUCUCCCAGAGCUGCCAGCAGAUAAUCAGCAAGUUCGACGCCACGGCCGCCGACGAGGUGUACGACAAGGCCCGGGAGGACCGCGUCGACGACGUGGUCCCGGCGCAGCCCUAUCUCGGCAGGGACACCGCCUUCGUCUACCAGAAGCUGGUGCAGAGCUUCACGAAGAUGGCCGGGGAUGGGGUCAGCUCCGAUGCCAGCUCCACUCCUCGGAGCAGCCCGCCGUUGAUCGCCAAGGUCAUGCACCAUAUCGGCAGCCGUUUGGUCGCCCUUAUGCACGAGGUCUCGGAAAGUGGCACCACCGCCCAGCCCCACUCCUGGAGGAGGUAUCCCCAGCAUCACCGCACCCCCUCUUCGGCGUCAACCACCGAGGACGACGACUCCACCUCGGACUCCACCAACGCGCCUGCACACCUGCAUCUACCCAGGUCCAAGUCGCACGACCCGUUGCUCCUGAUUAAUGGUCAUCCUCAGACCAGCGCCGGCCAGGAGGGCGAGGAACGCGAGGCCAGCGACUACGAGCGCUUCUCCUGGAGAGGCAGCUUCGAGUCCGCCUUGAUGGCUGCGGAUUCCAGGACGAAGCUCAGUCUUCUUGCUUGUUCGGGCGACGUCAGUGCCAGCGCCAGUGCCAGCGCCCUUGCCAUGGCGGCCAAACGGCGCAGUGCCGGGGAUCUCCUCUUCAACCCCAGGAGCUUCUCCAGGGAACAGCUCGACCGAGUCCGCAGCUGCGGAUCCAUCGGCGGUGGUGGAACCGGGGUGGGCGUCUCUGGCUCCAUCGAGGAGAAGAUCUGGAGCAACCGCAGGAGGUCCUCGGUUCCUGACGCCAACACCAGGCCGGAGUCGGGUGCCUCCGCAGGAGACGACGACACCGAGGACGAGCUCGAGUAUACCGGGGACUCCAGGGCGACGACGCUGCCCAGGGGGAUGCAGGCUGCAGUCGGGUCAUCCGCGAGUGCGGCGACUAAUUCCUUGCCUAGGCUUCCGGCUUCGGGCACCACUGCCGUCUCAGGAGGAACCUCCACCACGAUGCACAAGGCUCAUAGCGUGUAUCACUUCCUGCCUCAACAUGCUGGCGUCAAGUCGGCCAGGUACCGGCCUCCAGGGUUCGCCAGGAACAGCCUGGGGAAUGCGGCCAACACAGGAGGACCUAAGAGAGCAGUCAGUGCCCCGGGUCUUCAGGUCUCCGGCUCGCAGACCUCCGCCGGGAAGCGGGACCCCUCCAGGUCUAGAAGGCAGCAGACCAUCUCUCUCACUCCUGAGGAUGGAAGCAGCUUAUCGGAAGCGUGCAGUACGCCUAUCAUCGGAGCAGGAACCAGAGCCGGAUCCAGUCACACCGUCAUGGACAUGGAUGACAUGGAUCGAGGGCUGCAUUCCGGACACCUCGCCACAAGAGCUUCUCUAUCCAGCCUCGGCGCUCGCUCCGACUCCAUGGCGUCGGUGUACAGCGGGGCAGGCGAAGGGCGAUGGUGCGGAUCGGUGGCCGUGAGAGGAGAGGUGGAAUUCGCUCUUCAGUACGACUACAAGCAGCAGACAUUCCAGGUACACGUGACGCAGUGUAGGGAUCUAGCCCCCGUCGACAUCAAGAGGAACAGAUCCGACCCGUACGUCAAGGUGUACCUACUGCCGGACAAGUCGAAGAGCGGCAAGCGGAAGACGAAGGUGAAGAAGCACACGCUUAACCCGGUAUUCGACGAGACGCUCAAGUUCCACAUGAGCUUGAACGGCCUGGAGUCGAGGACGCUGUGGCUGACCGUCUGGCACUCCGACAUGUUCGGUCGGAACGACUUCCUAGGAGAGGUUCGCAUGCCCCUGGAGAACAAGAUCUUUGACGACCCCACGCCGCGGUGGUAUCCUCUUCAGGAGAGGACGGAGCCCUUCGACGACCCGAUCGCCUCCAAGGGCGAGGUCAUCGUCGGCUUGAAGUUCGUUCCACCCGAUCCUGCGCAGCAGCAGGAGCGAGAGAAGGAGAUGGGUAUCGACCAGAGGGGCAGCUCCAAGACGAGGAAGAACUGGAGUCGAGGUGCCCUCCACGUCCUCGUCAAGGAGGCCCGAAACCUUCAGACUCGCGCCAAGCACUCCGGGACUUGCGAUCCCUUCUGCAAAAGCUAUCUCCUGCCGGACAAGGGGCGCUCUGGGAAGCAGAAGACCGGAAUCGUCCGACGUUGCUCCGGAGGAUCCCCGAUCUGGGGCCACACCUUCGUGUACAAAGACGUCAGUCUUCAGGAACUGGCGGAACGGGGCUUGGAGCUUACCGUGUGGGACCAUGAUCGCAUAGCCAGCAACGAGUUCCUCGGCGGCGUUCGUUUUAAUCUUGGAACCGGGAAGCACUACGGAAAACCGGUGGACUGGAUGGACGCGACCGGUCGGGAACUCUCGCUCUGGCAGAGCAUGAUCGAGAGGCCGAACUUCUGGGUGGAGGGUGCGGUCACCCUGAGGCCGAAUCUGCACAACCACGGGAAAGGAAACCCCUCCUAACGUCCUCUUUCCGCUUCCUCGAGCAGAGCGAAGGAAUUCCUCGGGGACGCGGCCGAACCCCGCGUUCCUCAUCGUAGCAGAGGUCGCUCCUCGUACUCUUUGUAAAAGAAGAAAAGAAAACUGCCUGCGGAAUAAUCUCCAGCUCUCGCGUAUGACUCCCAUCGAGGUCAUACCAGAGAGCGGGGAUGGGCGCGGUUACUCGAAUAUGUAUAUUCAACGUCCAGGGCGAGACUUAGGCGACUUUUCUACCGGUCGUUGGUCUCGCGCGCGUGUAAAAAUUCGAGCCAUCGCCGAUUCUUAUCUGUACAAGUAUUGAAGGAGUAGUUAGCGAAUCGCAGGACCGGCCAGCCCGGGUCGAUCGGACUUAAGAUAUCGUCGGCGUACUCAGUAACGAUUCCUCGUGGCCAAAAGUACUUUAAACGCGUUGCCGGCUGUUUAUUUCUAUCCUCCCUUCUUUUGGACAGUUUUCUCUCUUAGCGAGAAAAACGUGCUUCCAUUCCGCGAUCGCAACCUCGUGGAACGGUGUAUUUAAUCCCUUAAAUACGCCAUGCUUCCAGAAUCUAUUAUAUACUAUAUAUUUGUACUUAUACAUGUAUACAUACGGGCGUAGAGACCGGAGGUCUCGCGACAUACGAGUUAAGUUUUCGUUUAAUGCACUCCCAGCGAGGAGCAACGCAGACCCAAGGCUGAGUCGGUAGUUCGUACUUAACGAUUUUAUAUAUCAUAUUAUCGGUACACUUUGUUACGCAAUUAUACGGAUAAGCGACGCGAGUUUCGUACAUCGACGUAGCGGUACUCCGAAUAACAGGGUGGUCAUUGAGACAACUGCCUGACGCGGAUCUUCUUUUUGUAACUCGUUAGCUCGUAAAUUAUAUAUAUAUAUAUAUUAUAUAUAUAGAGAGAGAAAGUACCAUACGUGUAUCGUGGAUUUAGAUUACUAACUCAUGCACACGGUAUCGGCCGUGGGAUGAGCGAUCUAUUUUGCCAAUUCGAUUUGUACGGUGAAACUGGAGCCUAGUUGUUUGCCGAGCGCCCUGCCGUAACUUUUAGCACGGUUUUCCGAUUGCCGACUAGUGCGAACGAUGGACCAAUAAUCUCAGGUGGGCAGGCAGGGUCCCCAGGUGCGUAGUUUCACCUUGAAGCGAGGCCGGAUCCGGUCCUCGAGGUAACAAUAAAUCUUCAACCAAACCAGAUACGUGUCGAUAUGUUCAUACGUUCUUAACAGCGGUCCAGCGGUGGAUGAUGUGGAAGAGCAGAGUUCUAUUUAUAUUCCGUUCGGUCGGUGUACAUGAGAGAAUAAAUCUUUUUUACCUUUA